AAUAUUUCUCGAAAACUCUUUACUAUUAAGUGCUCUAAUUUUUUUUAUUGCGUAUGUUUUCAUUUUUGCUAAUUAAAUACGUUUAGUUACAUCUAUCGUUUAAGUUUAGUUUGAAAUAAAAUAAUAAAGUCAGUUAUUGAAUAAUUUUAUGGAUGAGCUUACCCCAAUUAUUCGAUGGGCUCAGAAUGGGCCUGUUCUCAACGUUACUAUAGAUUUAAGUGAUGCGAAGAAUCCAGAUAUAAAAUUUGAUGAAACAAGUCUUAAGUUUAAAGGGUCUGGCCACGGUGCACAUGGUGAAAAUGACUACAGUUUUAGAUUGGAAUUUUACAAGAGAAUCGACUUUAAGAAAAGCAUUUUUAAGUGUACUGAUAGGAAUAUCCAAUUAGAGAUUGUUAAACAAGUCACAUCAGAGGAAUGGCCUCGUCUUUUAAAACAAGAAAAGAAACCUGUUUGGUUAAGAGUUGAUUUUGAUAAAUGGAAAGUUGAAGACUCUGAAGAAGAAAAAGAAGAUAGUGAUAUUUCAGACCAAAUCAAGAAAAUUUCCUUUGAACAAAAAAUCAAAAGUGAAGUAGAUAAAGCCAAAACCGAUUUAAUUAUUUACAGCAAAAUAGCUUGGUUAUCUUUAUACAACAUGUUCCAGGCUAUAUGUUAUACAAUUAUAUUUGCUAAAACAGUUUUGACUUUAAUAUGGUAUGGAAGAGAUGCACAUUUGUUUCUUUUUGAAGAAGUUGGUGAGCUUUUACUGACAUGUCAAUUAGCAACUUUUGUAGAAAUAUUAAACCCCUUAUUAAGGAUUGUUAGAACAGGCAUUAUUGCUCCAUUAAUUCAGGUUUGUGGGCGAAACUUUUGUUUGUUUAUUUUAAUUGUACCUGAAAAGAGUUUGCGCUCAAACUUUGCACUUGUACCUCUAAUACUUGCAUGGUCUGCUAGUGAGGUGAUUAGGUAUCCAUUUUACCUAACUACACUGCAUCAAUACAAAAGUUAUUUGUUAGGAUGGUUGAGAUAUUCAGCAUGGAUUAUUUUAUAUCCAAUGGGAAUGAUAUCUGAAGUACUUUUUAUAUACCAAUCAAUUGAGCUUGCUGAUAUUCGAAAAAGGUGGUGGUGUUCCUUACCCAAUGCUCUUAAUGUUUCAUUCAGUCUAUCUAUUUUUCUCAAAAUUUUACUUUGCAUUUAUGUUCCAUUUGCCGCAUAUAUGCUGAAACAUAUGUGGAUAUUGAGAUGUCGCAAAAUUGGCGGUAAAAGAAAGGCAAAGAUGCAUUAGCGGAAAGUUUCUUUGAAAAGAAACAAAAAUAAAAUAUUCAACUUUUUACGAUAGAUUUCGACUGCGAUUUUUUAAAUAUGUAUAUUUUGAAUUUUAAAAAAAAGUAAAAAAACAAGGAA